AUGAUGUUUUCAAUCACACUUUUUGCUGCUGUGGGCACGGCUAUCUCUAUGAUUUCUUUGGUUAUUGCCACUUACGAUCUCAACUCGAAAGCCAACCUCGCUCUCUACUAUGGGCAAGGUCCGAAUCAAAAACCCUUAGCGCACUUUUGCAACUCUUCAAGCGUCGAUAUUAUCCCAAUUGGUUUCGUCAACAUCUUUCCAUCUCUGGCGAAUGGACUGGUGGCCGAGAAUUUCGGAAACCAGUGCUGGAAUGGUAACUAUACCGGGCCUGGGUACAAUGGUGUCAACAACCCGGCAAACAACUUUCUGUACAGGCAAUGCCCACAGCUUCAAGAGGAUAUUUACUACUGCCAAACGCAAACGAAGAAGAAAAUUCUUCUGUCUCUUGGUGGUGAAGGGGGCAACUACCAGUUGAAUGGGAAGGCGGACGGAGAAUACCUGGCUGAUUUUCUGUGGGGUGCAUACGGCCCAUAUAAUGCGAGCUGGGUGGCUGCCGGAGGUGUCCGUCCACUGGACCGAGGAUACAACAACGCUGAUCCGUCGAAGACGAUUGAUAUUGAUGGAUUCGAUUUUGAUAUCGAGCGACAAUCAACUGACUCGCAAGUCGGUUACAUCGCUGCGAUCAACAGACUCCGUGUUCGCUUUGCCCAAUAUAAGCAGCUCAACUCUUGCUCCAAGACCUACCUGAUCUCUGGAGCACCACAAUGUCCUCUCCCAGAGCAAAAUAUGGGACUAACGAUCACCAACGCCAAGUUCGAUAUACUUUUCAUUCAAUUUUACAACAACGGGGCAAAUGGAUGUACUGCUCGCAACUACUCCAGCAGCACCAACAAGGCAACGAGUGGGUUUAACUACAACAAAUGGGUCACCUUUGUCAACAGCGGCGCCAGUGCGGGCGCAAAACUCUAUAUCGGUCUCCUUGGAUCCAACUAUGCUGGAACUGCAAGUGACUACAUCUUAGCUUCCGAGGCAAAGCCUCUCAUUGCCGCUUAUCAUGGAGCUACGCAAUUUGGAGGUGUGAUGCUCUGGGAGGCUACCUACGCCGAGAACAAUAAUGCCGUUACCGGAUAUCCAGGAAUGAACUAUUACCAGAUCAUCAAGAGCUUCCUGGCUCCUUAUGCGCCAACGGUCACCUCCACCACAGCCAUCUGCGCCACGACAACGUCGCGAUCCGUACCAACCUCCAAAAGCUCGACCACCAGUUCGAGACUCACCACGACGAAGAUUACGACAGCCUCAUCGACCUCAUCAUCCACCAAGCCGCCGACUUCUUCAUGCACGGGGCUAGCUUUAGCAACCCCAAAGCCGUCAACCGCCCUCUGUGGCAUCAAAGCCAAUUUCAUUGCCAAGGCAGGAUCUGGUGCGCUAACCUCCUACUCGACCGGCCCGUACGUCGCCAGCUACCAAGCCUGCGCCGCGCAAUGCAUCGCGACCUCGACCUGCACCAACGUCUACUUCGUCCAAGGCAGCACCUGCAACCUGAAGUACGGCCCCGUCUCGUACGUCGUCAACACUAGCGGCGUCAACGCCUACAGCCUCUACACCACCGACUGCUUCCAGUGCGCGACCUGCCCCAACGCGGCUCUCGCCUCGCCCGCACCAGCCGGAUCCAUCUGCAACGUCCCGGGAAACAGCAUCCCCGCGGCCGGAACGGGCACCCUGGUCGCGUACGGCGCGGGCAGCCCCUACGCAGCUACUCUGCGGGCAUGUGGCUCCGUCUGUUUCGCAACGGCGGGCUGUACUAACGUUUACUUCGUCGCGGGGAGUCACUGCAAUCUGCAUUACGGGCCGACGACUUAUACGCAGCACGUUCUUUUGACCGUUUUCCCUGUCUUUGAAGCCAUAUCAUACGUCUGGGGCGAUCCGUUAAAAUCGCAAGAGAUCACACUUGACGGCAAGAUUCUCCCAAUCACCCAGAGUCUCUUCACUGCUCUACAGCAUCUCCGUCAUGGUGAAAGGGAAAGAUAUCUCUGGGCCGAUGCAAUUUGUAUCAACCAGGGCGUCGACGAGGAAAAGAGUGAACAGCAUUCUUUGAUGGGAAAGAUAUAUUCUCAGGCAGAGCGAUUUCUGAUCUGGAUCGGAGAAGAUGGCGACGAAAAUGCAGAGACGGCGUUCAGCUACUUCUCGCGGAUACAUGCACUUCUGAGUCCGCGUCAGAAUCGAGACCAGCUUCGGCAGCGCAUGCGAGGCAUAUCGUAUCCGUGA